GCAUUAGAUGCCAAAAUCGCCGAUUUUGCCUGCCCAAUUUGCUUUGUGCGCUGUUUAACCCCCUUCGCCCUUUUUAACUCGCCUCCUUCUCUCUGUUCUGCUUUCUUCUUGCACAGAAGAGACGAGAAGAUCUGCUCCUUAACUCCCCUGGAAAAGGGGGGAAAAAAAUUAGGCCAAAUUCAUCCUCCUUGUCUCCUCCCACCCUCCACCUACUCCACACAUAGCAUAGCAGCCCUCAACAAAAAAGAAACCCAAAGAAAAGGCACGCGAGAUCGUCCAUAUUAUAGUAUGUAUGUUAACUUAACUAAACAUUACAUACUCUUUUGCGUAUCUGGAGAGGGCUUUUUCUGGUGUUGUUGAUUUCGUGCUCUGUCAUUCUUCUAAUCUUCUUCCUUCCUUCCUUGCUCAUCCGCGUGUCUUUGUCUUCCUCCCCCAUCCCCCUUGCAUUCUUUCUUUCCCCACUCAUGGUGGUUCAACUCCCCCCGCAUCAACCAGCUUGAUACUGAAAGCUUGCCUGCCCUUUUUUUCUUCACAAAGUUCCAGUCUUUUUGACGUGUUCGCCCCUUCACUUUUUUUUACAUUUGGGGAAGUGGGGUUGUUUGUUCAAAUUCAGUAAUCAAUUGGGCUGAUUCGGAAAGCUUUAGAUAGUUUGCCACUCUUUCUGGAACUGUGCACGUUUCGGAGGUGCGAGGGGAUAUGAUUCUGAAGUUGCGUCCACCUCUUCAGCCAGGUUAGAGAAACUGCUUUGUGAUUGUGGUUCUGCGUUUUGGGGGGAAAUGGGUGGGCCGCCAUUGAAAUUGGAGCGGGAACGAGCGUUACCGUCUUCCCCGCCACCGCCAAUGGAUCUGGAGACGGGAGCUCAUCGUAAUCAUGUCAAGAAGGAGUCAUGGCGGACGGUGUUGACCCUGGCGUACCAGAGCCUAGGAGUGGUGUACGGAGAUUUGAGCACAUCGCCGCUGUACGUUUACAAGAGCACAUUUGCGGAAGAUAUUAGCCACUCGGAGACGAACGAAGAGAUCUUUGGGGUUUUGUCAUUCGUCUUCUGGACACUCACCCUCGUCCCACUCUUGAAAUACGUGUUCAUAGUUCUCAGAGCAGACGACAACGGCGAAGGAGGGACAUUUGCUCUCUACUCGCUGCUGUGCCGCCACGCCCGAGUCAACGCGCUCCCCAAUCGGCAGGUGGCGGAUGAGGAUCUGUCCGAGUACAAGAAGGACAGCAACCUUGCUGAUACUUCCUGUUCGAAGAACCCCAGUUUUGGGUCGAGCUUGAAAUCGACUCUGGAGAAGCACAGGGUGCUGCAGAGGAUCUUGCUGGUUUUGGCCUUGAUUGGGACUUGUAUGGUCAUUGGCGAUGGCGUUCUCACCCCUGCCCUUUCUGUUUUCUCUGCAGUCUCGGGGGUUGAGCUUUCAUUGUCGAAGGAACAUCACAAAUAUGUGGAACUCCCAGUUUCAUGCGCCAUACUUGUAGCCUUGUUUGCACUACAACAUUACGGGACCCACCGGGUUGGUUUCCUGUUUGCGCCGGUGGUUCUGAUAUGGCUUCUCUGCAUCAGUGGAAUUGGGAUAUACAAUAUUUUGCACUGGAAUCCCCAUGUCUACAAAGCACUAUCACCAUAUUACAUGUACAACUUCUUGAAGAAAACUCAAAGGGGUGGAUGGAUGUCACUAGGAGGGAUUUUGUUGUGCAUAACAGGCUCAGAAGCAAUGUUUGCUGAUCUGGGACACUUUUCUCAGUUGUCUAUCAAGAUUGCUUUCACUACAUUGGUGUAUCCAUCGUUGAUACUUGCAUAUAUGGGACAGGCUGCAUAUCUAUCGACGCACCAUGUGAUUGAAAGUGAUUACCAAAUUGGUUUCUAUGUAUCUGUACCUGAUAAAAUAAGGUGGCCAGUUCUUGUCAUAGCCAUACUUGCUGCAGUAGUGGGAAGCCAAGCAAUCAUCACAGGGACUUUCUCAAUCAUUAAACAGUGUUCAUCCCUGGGUUGCUUCCCUAAAGUCAAAAUAGUUCACACGUCAUCAAAAGUCCAUGGUCAGAUCUACAUCCCUGAGAUCAACUGGACUCUAAUGCUGCUUUGUUUGGCUGUUACAAUCGGGUUCAGAGACACGAAACGCCUGGGAAAUGCUUCAGGUUUGGCAGUUAUAACAGUUAUGCUGGUCACAACCUGCCUAAUGUCUCUGGUCAUCGUCUUAUGCUGGGAAAAGAGUGUGUUUCUAGCAAUAGGUUUCGUGUUCUUCUUUGGCACAAUUGAAGCUCUUUACUUCUCAGCUUCCCUCAUCAAGUUCCUGCAGGGAGCCUGGGUCCCCAUUGCACUGGCAUUCAUAUUCCUGCUCAUAAUGUGCGUGUGGCACUAUGGCUCACUAAAGAAGUACGAAUUCGAUGUCCAAAACAAGGUCUCCAUCAACUGGCUGCUUAGUUUAGGUCCUAGCCUUGGCAUUGUUCGAGUAAGAGGGAUCGGCCUCAUCCACACCGAGCUUGUGACUGGAAUUCCAGCAAUCUUCUCCCACUUUGUCACCAACCUUCCAGCAUUCCACCAGGUCCUGAUCUUCCUGUGCAUCAAAUCAGUCCCCGUCCCACAUGUGGGACCAGAGGAACGGUUCCUAAUAGGGCACAUCGGCCCAAGAGAGUACAGGCUGUACAGGUGCAUAGUCAGAUAUGGGUACCGCGAUGUACACAAAGAUGACACCGAGUUCGAGAAGGAUCUGGUGUGCAGCAUAGCAGAAUACAUACGUGCUGGGAGCACGGAAUUCAAUGCCGACAUGGCGAAGGAAGAAGAUGACAAGAUGACAGUGGUGGGAACAUGCUCAACUCAUGUCGAUGGGAUCCUGUUGAGGGAGGAGGGCAAAGACGAGAUUGAAACCGCGGCUGGGACCUCAGAAGUGCGGGAGAUGAAGUCACCUCCAGCAAUGCAACUAAAGAAACGAGUAAGAUUCAUUGUCCCUGAUAGUCCCCAGAUUGAUAAAGCCGCGAGGGAAGAGUUGCAGGACCUCAUGGAAGCCAGGGAAGCAGGGGUUGCGUACAUACUCGGAAACUCGUAUGUUAGGGCAAAGCAAGGAUCCAGCAUGUUGAAGAAGUUUGUGAUCAACUAUGGGUAUGAGUUCUUGAGAAGGAACAGUAGGGGACCAACACAUGCCCUUAGUGUGCCUCAUGCAUCUACCUUAGAAGUAGGGAUGAUAUACAAUGUCUGAAAAGAAAAGGGUUUUGACUGACUAAUACCAGGUUUUAGAGGUGUGUCUGUGUAUUUAUGUGUACAUCCUGUAAUUUUUUGAGGUUGUUAUAAUGGAUACAAGUGGAAAACGAGCCCGCCAGGCCAUAAGUUGGAAAAUGGUGGAUCAUAACCAUAGAGAUUUAAAUAUAAAAAAGCAGUUCAUGAGUGAUUUGUGGAAUUCCUUCCUACUUCAUCGUUAUUAAAUUUCAACCUGACAGUG